AUAAAUUUCUCAUUUUUGCAUGUCGUUUUAAAGGUAAGUCUGAUGCUGGACUCAAAAUCUCAAAAUUGUCAUUUUUAACUGAGUCACAAUAGUUUGUGAUGUUUGUAUUCAACAGUCAUGUAAGGCUGCAAUCAUUUAAAUUCAGAAGUUCAGUUCCAUUUAGCCUAAAGCAUCAUUUUAACAUUUUCUAAAAGGUUGUUCAAUCCUGCAUUUUGACUCCAUUAUAUAUGUGUAAUUAAACCUCUACACACAAAAGCAUUCUAUGUACCAGCAAAUACACCCACAGGAAUCCUCUUCUAAACUGUAAUUUAUUUAAACAUGUAAUCAUAGGAUUUUAAAACAUGCUUUCAUUUUUCCAAACUAUAUGCCAAUCUGAACUGCUUGGUGAUAAAAUGAGUUUAUUACCAGCUAGCAUUUACCAAAUACUCAGUGAACUAAACAUGAGCAGGAUGAGGAAAUGAAUUGUAAAUCCAAUUCCAGGUGUAUCAGGUUCUGGUUUCUCUAUAAAAAUAGAGGAGGACUCAUAAUCUACGCGUUUAUGAAUUUCAGUUUUUGAGCAGCAGAGAAAUGUAUAUUUGGCCUGCUAUAAAUCUUAAAUUUUAUGUGGCUUUUAAAGCUUAAAAAAAGUUUGUGGCAUCAGGCCCCCUACUGACAGGAUCAGUCUAUUACAGAGAUUGUUCUAAUUGGACUUUUAUCAGUUCAAUACUCAUUUGUACUGGGGGAAAGAUUUAAGUUUGUUGCUUCAUCUCCAGCUUCAGCAUUUACUGGCCUGUGUGAGCAAUAUAGAGUCCCGACAAGUACUGUCAGGCCAACCAACCUGACCAGUUAUAGGUUUAUUUAAUAAACUUUUGUUAACUUUACUCCAGCUUUCUUAGAUUGUGUUCUUAAUGAGGAUCUCGACCUACAGGAAAAUCCAGAAAUUUGAAAAUAGUAACUACAAUUCAGUUAGGAAUAGAAGAAAAUUGCUCCUAUCUCCUUUUAAAAAUCGUUAUCAUCAUAAAGGAUACUGUGAAAAUUUGCUUAAUUCGACCAAAAGCUCAGUCAUCAAGAAGUCAAAAACAGGAUUGGACAGUGACGUAAGGGACUCCGUGCAACUUUCAGACUAUGAAAUUCACUUCCCUAACCGAAGACUUUAACUCACUUGGAGUAGAGGAGUAUAUCUCUCAGGUUCUUAAGUCAUCCCGGAGUGUGUUUUGCAAUGGUAAAUGGAAGAGAACUAAGUUGUCCGAUUGGAUAUAUGUGUCUGAGUGGUGUGUGUCUGCAACCUUAAAAUACUCCCAGUCCUCGCUUUCCUAGGGCUAAAUGAAAAAAAAAAAAAAAAUUGCCACCAAGUCUCAGACGUUGCUGCGCUAGAGUUUCCGACGGCCUUAAAAUAGCUAGUGCUAGCCCUGCCCACAGCCGGGAUCAAUGAGAGUUCCCCUCCUCACCCCGCCCUGCCCCCUUACACACUAGGGGAAAGGGAGCUGGGGAGCACGCCGCAGGCUGUGCAGCGGCUGCUAUUUUUGGCCGCACCCGGUUCGGUGCGUCAAUGACUGCGCCUCUGCGUCACGGCCACCCCUUCCCCCUUCCUAUCUCCCUCCCUUCCAAACUCUCACUUUUUCCCUUUCGUUAGCUUUGAAUCUCUCCAGCCCACGGGGUAGCUGACGCUGCUGAGCUCAUGCUAAUGAGCUAUUCUUCCCUGUUCUACCCCUUUCCCCCUCCCCCUCACUACAGCGGCUUCUGCUUCCCCUUGGUCUCCCUCAUAUCUCCUCGCCUUAUUUUUUCUCGCGCCAGCUCGGGCACCGAGGUGCAGCGGCGGCGGCGGCGGCAGCGGUAGCGACAGCUGCAAUGGCAGCAGCCGCCGCCACCGCAUCUGGGAAAGCUUAAGGUGGUCACUAGGUUUCCCCUGGGCGUCAGGGUAGCAGCGUCAGCGGCUUUCCCAGGCAGUACGCGGUGCUUGGGACUGGAAGCUCACAGCCCAGGAGAAGGCGGGGCGGGAAAGGCGAAAAGGUGAAGGCUGAGGUGCAGUUUCAGGCUGAGGAACCACGACACUGGGUUAAUUUUGACUGCUUUUUCUAAUAACGAAAAUACCAGUAACAUAUAGAAAUGUGGAGGGUACAAUGGGUCACUAGGAAGCGCGAAAUCUUGCUGCUUGAGAAAAGAAUGGGAGCUAAAAGCCGUAGUUCAGGAGGAAGAGUAAAUAGAGAUUAUAGAUACUCCCAACAUUUUACUCGCAACUGAUUCAGAUUCUGUGCUAAAUGGCUUAGGCUAGGGUGUCCCUUUCCAUUUUGGAACAAGUGGACUUCUUCAACAAGUAAGCCUUUUUGGUCUCUGGGACUCGAACCGCUGUGCGUCUCUUCUCUUGGAAACGCCAGCAUUUCCUUUACUAGAAAGCAUUCUGCGUGAUUCGCUCCCUCUCUGAUGCAAGGUGCUGUCUCUGUCCUUAUCCCCAGUCCAACCGAUUAGCAUGCAAAGCAGAGCUCAGCCGGUGACAGCUUUCUGGUAACUCACCGAACUCAGCAUCCACAGACUUCAAUAUUUUCUGAAUUCAGAUCCAUUACACCAAGAUUUUCUGAGGAAAUUAGCGUGUUACUCCUUUUUCUUUUCUUACUCCAUUUCUUUUCUUUUUUCUUUUUUGAGAAGGGGGUGUCAUUUUCCAUACUACCCAGUUAAGGAGUAAUACUGUGUUUACUUGGAGUUCUAUGUUCUAGAGAAAUAUAGUUUUUAAAAAUACUCGGGGAGAGUACAGUUCUGAAGUUGAAAAGAAUUUACCUGAGGUGGAAAUCACCUUUCUUUGGGGAAAGCACACCUGUUGCGUGAAACUCUCUUGCAUUGUCAGGAGAGGGGGAGCUAUAUUUCUCAAAUAGAUUAUGGUUUUAUAAGAGCAGAUUUGGUCCAGUGCCCAUCCUGUCUCCCUCGUCCCAUCCCCCUUUCCAUACCAGAGUUACUAUGUCCUUCCCCCUACACGUGGGCAUGAGGAAAGGGCAUCACACAAAAUAAAACGACUUUUUUAUUCUCCCAAGAGAAAAAUAUGGGAGGGGGAAGGAAAGCACCAAGAAAGGGAAACCCCAACUUAGCAGCCUAGUGGAAUAGGCUUCUGUACACAGUUAAGAGCCUGGGGAUGAGUGUAGAAGUGUGGAGCGGGCGGAGGGGGACACAGGGCGGGGAGGGGGGGGGAGCGUUAGAACAAUGAAAGUAGAUAUCACCCAAUAAAUACUGUCUCCUACAGGUACGGGUUACCUGGCAUAUACAACCCCUCUCAGCCAUCCUUUCACUCUCUUUCUUAACUCCACCCUCACCCCAUCCCAUCUUCGUUUUUGUUGGUACUCUUACACAUCUGGACUGCCAAAACUGGAGAGUUUUAGAAAAGGCGGGGCGAAGUGAGCUUUACUGAUUUUAGGAGAAAGGGUAGGUAGAUUUCACCUAUUUCGGAAAAAAAAAAAGAAAAAGGAAAAAAAAAAGGAAGAAAUGGAAAGAAAAAAAAAAAACCCAACUAGGCUAACAAGGUGAACCCAGAACGGUUCCCACCUUAAAAUCUGCCCUGCUUGUGACGUCAGGUCGGAAAUUUACCAAAGCGAGAGCUGGCCAACUGUAUGGGGAGAAACAGCCCAAAGGAGCUGGGAUUGGGCAGCCUGCACUGACGUGUGCUGACGCUUGGAGACUAGGUGCAUGUUGGCUGUGGAAUACGGAGCCCACAUAAACAAAGGCACAUUGGAGGGAAGGGCCAGUCUGUCCGGCUGCUCUCACUCUGCUACAAGAGUACUGCACUUCCCCAGCAGCGCUUGUAACUAGCAACUUCUCUCGACCGAUCGUUAUUUUUUUUUUUUCCCUUUUCACCGAUCUAACCCACCCCCUCCCCUAUCCCCCCGCCACCCCACCUCCCAAAGGAAACUGCACUUCAAGACAGUUGAAUGAAUGAAAAGAGACGUGGAGAACCAUUAAGGAGCAGGCUGGACAUACUGGACUACUCACUUAUUUUUUAAUAUCUUGGAAACUUUGUCCUCCAUUGAAUUACGACACUGUCCACCUUUAAUUUCCUCCAAAACGCCUGUAACUCGGCUGAAGUGCUGAGUACAGCUUAUUUAAUACGGAACCUCCCUGUGGUUGAUCCAGGUGUGCAAAAGGUGUACAAAAGCAGGAGAGAAAGUGUUCACUUGACCAGGCUGAGUGUCUAUCACCCUGUUUCAUUUCCAGCCAUGCCCUGUGUUCAGGCUCAGUAUGGGUCAUCGCCUCAAGGAGCCAGCCCAGCUUCCCAGAGCUACAGUUACCACUCUUCGGGAGAAUGCAGCUCCGAUUUCUUAACUCCAGAGUUUGUCAAGUUUAGCAUGGACCUCACCAACACUGAAAUCACUGCCACCACUUCUCUCCCCAGCUUCAGUACCUUUAUGGACAACUACAGCACAGGCUACGACGUCAAGCCACCUUGCUUGUAUCAAAUGCCCCUCUCCGGACAGCAGUCCUCUAUUAAAGUGGAAGACAUUCAGAUGCACAGCUACCAGCAACACAACCACCUGCCCCCACAGUCCGAGGAGAUGAUGCCGCACUCAGGCUCCGUUUAUUACAAGCCCUCGUCGCCCCCGACGCCCUCUACUCCCGGCUUCCAGGUGCAGCACAGCCCAAUGUGGGAUGACCCAGGCUCCCUUCAUAACUUUCACCAGAACUACGUGGCCACCACCCACAUGAUCGAGCAGAGGAAAACGCCGGUGUCUCGCCUUUCUCUCUUCUCCUUUAAGCAAUCUCCCCCUGGCACCCCAGUGUCCAGUUGCCAGAUGCGCUUUGACGGGCCUCUCCACGUGCCCAUGAACCCCGAGCCGGCUGGGACCCACCACGUGGUGGACGGGCAGACCUUCGCUGUGCCCAAUCCCAUCCGCAAGCAAGCGGCCAUGGGUUUCCCGGGGUUGCAGAUCGGCCAUGCCUCGCAGCUGCUGGACACCCAGGUGCCCUCUCCUCCUUCUCGGGGAUCACCGUCCAACGAAGGACUGUGCGCUGUGUGUGGGGACAACGCAGCCUGCCAGCACUACGGCGUGCGCACCUGCGAGGGCUGCAAAGGUUUCUUUAAGCGUACGGUCCAGAAAAAUGCGAAAUACGUUUGUUUAGCUAACAAAAACUGCCCGGUUGAUAAGCGGCGCCGAAAUCGCUGUCAGUAUUGCCGAUUUCAAAAGUGCCUUGCUGUUGGGAUGGUUAAAGAAGUGGUUCGUACAGACAGUUUAAAAGGUCGGAGAGGUCGUUUACCGUCGAAACCGAAGAGUCCCCAGGAGCCCUCUCCCCCCUCUCCCCCGGUGAGUCUGAUCAGUGCCCUGGUGAGAGCCCAUGUCGACUCCAACCCGGCUAUGACCAGCCUGGACUAUUCCAGGUUCCAGGCUAACCCUGACUAUCAGAUGAGUGGAGAUGACACUCAGCAUAUUCAGCAGUUCUAUGAUCUCUUGACCGGCUCCAUGGAGAUCAUCAGAGGAUGGGCAGAAAAGAUCCCAGGCUUCACUGAUCUUCCCAAACCAGACCAAGAUCUACUUUUCGAAUCUGCUUUCUUGGAACUGUUUGUCCUGCGGUUAGCAUACAGGUCCAACCCAGUGGAGGGUAAACUCAUCUUUUGCAAUGGGGUGGUCUUGCACAGGUUGCAAUGCGUUCGUGGCUUUGGGGAAUGGAUUGAUUCCAUUGUUGAAUUCUCCUCCAACUUGCAGAAUAUGAACAUUGACAUUUCUGCCUUCUCGUGCAUUGCUGCCCUGGCGAUGGUUACAGAGAGACACGGACUCAAGGAACCCAAGAGAGUGGAAGAACUGCAGAGCAAGAUUGUAAAUUGUCUCAAAGACCACGUGACUUUCAAUAAUGGGGGUUUGAAUCGCCCCAACUAUUUGUCCAAACUAUUGGGGAAGCUCCCAGAACUUCGCACCCUGUGCACACAGGGGCUACAGCGCAUUUUCUACCUGAAACUGGAAGACUUGGUACCACCUCCAGCAAUAAUCGACAAACUUUUCCUGGACACAUUACCUUUUUAAGACUUUAUCCAGCUUAUUUCAAAUGAACUUGAAAGGAACGUGAAUUGUCUGAGGGUGGGAAUUCCCACGUGCACAAAAGCACCUCUGGGUGCCUCUGCUCCAUUUCCCUCCUCUUCCCAACUUCCUAACCCAUCCCAAAACCUCCUGCUCCCACAUCUCCCCCACCCAAAACAAAACUGUUGCUAUUUCCUAACCUGCAGGUAGAACGUGAAAGGGCAUUUUGGCUCUGGGGCAUCCUGGAUUUAGAAUAUGGACUACACACAAUACAGUGGUAUAAACUUUUUAUUAUCGGCUUUAAAAAAGAAUUUAUUGUUCAGAAGAAGGACUCCUAUUGUAAAAUGAAAAAUGUCUAGUCACGUCGGGUGCUGCAGCUAAGACAGAUUGAAUACACAUACAAAAGUAUUAAGGUGACCCACAAAGUAUCGCCCUUUUAAAGACAAAGUUUUCUGCUGUAAAAGAAAGCUGUAAUAUAUAGUAAAACUUAAUGUUGCGUGGGUGGCAUGAAUUAAAGAAGGCAAAGGCUUGUAAAUUUAUCCAAUGCAGUUUGGCUUUUUAAAUUAUUUUGUGCCUAUUUAUGAAUAAAUAUUAAAAAAAUUCUAAAAGAUAAAUGUGUUUGCAAAAAAGGAAUAAAUUACACAAAAAGGGACAGCAUGUUGAUUCUAGGUCGAAAAUGUUAUAGGCACUUGCUAUUUCAGUAAUGUCUAUAUUAUAUAAAUAGUAUUUCAGACACUAUGUAGUCUGUUAGAUUUUAUAAAGAUUGGUAGUUAUCUGAGCUUAAACAUUUUCUCAAUUGUAAAAUAGGUGGGCACAAGUAUUACAAAACUGAAAAUCCUGACAAAGGGACACAUAGUGUUUGUAACACCGUCCAACAUUCCUCGUUUGUAAGUGUUGUAUGUACUGUUGAUGUUGAUAAAAGAAAGUUUAUAUCUUGAUUAUUUUGUUGUCUAAAGCUAAACAAAACUUGCAUGCAGCAGCUUUUGACUGUUUCCAGAGUGCUUAUAAUAUACAUAACUCCCUGGAAAUUACUGAGCACUUUGAAUUUUUUUGGUUUUUUUUAUGUCUAAAAUUGUCAGUUAAUAUAUUAUUUUAUGUUUAAGUAAGAUUUUUAAUAUUGCCAUAUUCUGUAGUAUUUUUCUUUGUAUAUUUCCAGUAUGGCACAUGAUACAAGUCACUGCCUUUUUUUCUAUGGUGUAUGACAGUUAGAGACGCUGAAUUUUUUUUCUUGAUAAAUUCUUUCUUUGAGAAAGACAAUUUUAAUGUUUACAACAAUAAACCAUGUAAACGAAUAUAA